CAACGACUACGCGCUUAUAAGGACGCCUGGACUGUGAACCUUUCGUGCGACUCGAGGCACGAAAAACUGUCUGUAGAAAAAUCCUUUCGCUUAGUAUGCGUCAAAAGUUUCUUUUUCGCUUUUCAAACUAUGGCAUUGCCGGGAAAAGUGGUUUGUUUUUUUACAUAGGUGGAUUUGAAUAAAAUAUGCCGCAACGCGUUUGCAAAAGUUUGAAACUUCAGUGAUAAUGUUUUCAUUGUUUUGUGAAGUUUGUUACAUUAAUUGUUAAAUGUGAGAUAAGUAACGGGGUUCUUUUAAAACGAUAAAAUGUUUAUGUAUAUGUAUUUUAAAUGUUAAGUUGAAUUAAAAUUAAAAUACCUCUAAAAGAUUUCUUUGAAAGUUUAUGAACUUGCGAAAAAGUUUGUUUAGUGCUCUGACAUUUUGUAAAACUUUUAAGAGUAUUUUAAUGAAAAGAAGUCGUCGCUACUCCUAAAUAAGGUGCCGCUGAUGUCACGAUGCUGGACGAGCCCGACCCAACGAAGGCGUCGAACCUGUCGACCGUCUACGCCGACGAACACAACAACUUCGUGGUCACAUUCUACGAUGAAUCCAACGAACGGUACCUCAACUCAUCGCUCAACUCGACACUGGUGUACCAGUCCUUCAUUCUGCCGUGGUGGCGUCAAGUGCUGUGGACGGUGCUGUUCACCGGAAUGGUUGUGGUGGCCACGGUGGGCAAUCUCGUGGUCAUAUGGAUAGUGCUCGCCAAUAAGCGGAUGAGGAGUGUCACUAACUACUUCUUAGUGAACCUGUCAGUGGCGGACGCGAUGGUGUCCACCCUCAACGUGACGUUCAACUUUACCUACAUGCUGUACUCGGACUGGCCGUUCGGGCACUUCUACUGCAAGUUCUGCCAGUUCAUCGCCGUACUCAGCAUAUCUGCGUCCGUGUUCACCCUGAUGGCUAUCAGUAUCGACAGGUACGUGGCCAUCAUGAGUCCGUUGAGACCACGACUGGGCAAGCGGGCUACGCUGGGCAUAGCGGCCGCCAUCUGGGCCGGCAGCUCGGUCAUCAGCAGUCCCAACUUGAUAUACUUCACCACUGACAUCGACUUUCUACCUGACGGCAGCAAACGACGGGUGUGCUUCGCUGAUUGGCCGGACGGGAUCACCACCAGGUCAAAUCUGGAGUAUAUCUACAACGUGGCAUUCAUGGUGCUGACGUACUUCUUGCCCAUAAUGUCCAUGUCGUACACCUACUCCAGGGUCGGCAUCGAGCUGUGGGGCUCCCAGUCCAUUGGCGAAUGCACUCAGAGGCAGCUAGACAAUGUAAAAAGUAAAAGACGGGUGGUGAAGAUGAUGAUCGUGGUGGUGGUGAUAUUCGCGGUGUGCUGGCUCCCCUUCCACGUGUACUUCGUGGUAACGUCAUACUACCCGGACGUGGUAAACUACACUCACAUCCAGGAGAUCUACCUGGGCAUCUACUGGCUGGCCAUGAGCAACUCCAUGUACAACCCCAUCAUAUACUGCUGGAUGAAUUCCAAAUUCCGGCGCGGAUUUAGACAGUUCUUCUGGUGCUGUGGCGCUUUCGGUGGUAACGGGUUGAGCAGGCAUCGCCCGUUUGGCCCCGACCGACUGGACCGCUCCCUGCGGUCCCUCUCACCCAGCAGGAAGAAUGGUACGAGUUUAUUCAAGGUGACCACAAAAACUACAAAAUUCUCCAAAAAUCCACCUGGCUCCCCUCACUUGCUGCACGCAAGCAAAAUUCGCAAAUAGCAGAUAAAGGGAGAAACUUAGAAUCGGCACGAUGCGUAUGUCGAUGCACAGCACUUACAAUAAUACGCUGGUGAGUAGCGCCUGACAGCGGAGAGGCGCGUCCGGGUCGCACAACGACUGCGGUUCGAAUGACGCGCACUCCGUCGAGCGCACGUGGAUAUGACGCGAAACCCGCGCCCCGCGCGCACCGCGCACCCCGCAAGACCUGUACGCUUGAAGCGAUUGGUCCAAACUCCAACCAAUCAGAAGACUGUUCCGUUACUAUUCGAAUAUUGAAAUUCUCGAAUGAUAUCUUGAUAAAAUGUGCAUUUUGUGUCAUCGUGUUUAAAUUAGUUAGUAAACUCCGAUGUAACUCUAACUUAUGUAGAUUAAAACAAAAAGGGAAGAUACGGCACUCGCGCAGCAUUCAAACACGCUGCAUGUACACUCAAUAUAACAAUAUUGCGUAUAUUAUGUUAUAAAGAUAAAAUAAUGCCUUCAAUGAUUUUAUAAAUAACACAAAUAGUUCAAACACUCGGCAACACUUCUCGUUCGUAAAACUGUAAAAUCAUUUGUUUUUCAAAAGUCAUGGUUUGCCGUGAAUGUUACAAAAACGGACGUUAAAGGACAACAAAACAGCUCAGCCGUUCGCACUAGUUGCUUAUGUUGUUGAGUCAGAUCAUAUUUUAUUUGAUGCUAGUAUGAGCGUACCGUAUCUUUUUUUGUUUUAAUCUACGAACUCCAACCAUAAUAGUAAAAUUGAAUUUUAAUUAACUAUAAGGAAAAUACGAAUUAUUUUACGCACUAAAUCGAAUUUGCGCUACGCUAAAGCUAUUAUGUAAAAAUACUUGUGCUCUCAGAAAGUGUUAUUUUAUCUAAAGGCGACAAUUUACCUAUGGGAAAACCUGAAACUUAAGUCAUCAUAGGCUAUUGUUAUUAGAAAUUAUUUAAUGAUUUAUCUUAGGAAGAUGUCAGCAAAAUUACGCAAAAGCAGCUUUAUACAAAUCAAUAUUCUAUAGCGCGUUCGUCGUUUGUCUGAACGGUGCCUUAAAUUAAAUUUGCGUUUCGUUGCGUUCAUUUCAUUUAGCUGCUAUCGUCAGCAGUCUUUCUGCAUUUCAACAUCACUUUGUCUCUUUUUGCAGCAUUAAAGACAAUUUUUGCUCUGUGGAACAUUAUUCCUUGUACCUACAGUCGAUUAUUUACUCACUAAUGCCUUGUUUAAAGUGAAAUUCUUUACUUUGUUAUUGACAAUAAAAGUUGAUAAUAACAUGGAUUUUAUUGAAAAAAAAUUAACCCUAACAUAUAAAGGCACCUUUAAUACACGGAUGUUUCUUAAAAGACCAACCGUUAAAGUAUAUACUUAAUUUAAGUAUAGAACUGUAUUGUAAAUUUAAUGGUAGUUAGAUAUUAUAAUCUAAAGAGCUUUGUAAAUACAACUAAUUUAAUUAGUUAGUAAAAUAAAAGUAAUUUUCUUAUUAUAGGUACUGUAUACAUAGGGUAAAAUACCCUAUAUUGAGCCUGCUGAAGGAAAUAUUCUUGUAAACUAUAUUAGCGUUAUUAACAUAAGAUUAAACUAUUCCAGGGGGGCAUUCGCCUAACGGGA